AUCACAAUCAAACUGCUAAUGCUUUCUUUCUCAGAUAAUUAAUGGGGUUGAAUAUGAUAAGGAUGAGGGUUUUGGUGAUGGGUUUAGUGUUGGCCUUGAUGCCUUGCUUCUCCCCAGCUCUUCCCAUCAAUCAGCUCAGACAAUUGGCUGCUAAACACAAUAUAACUUGUAUGUUGGUUUUUGGUGAUUCUAGUGUUGAUUCUGGCAACAAUAAUCGUCUUGCAACAGACAUGAAGGGUAAUUUUCUUCCAUAUGGGAAGGAUUUCUUCAAUGGUCGCCCUACUGGAAGGUUCACUAAUGGAAGACUCGCCACAGACUUCAUUGCUGAUGAACUUGGCUUCACAAACAAAAUUUCGGCCUUUCUUGAUCCGAACAUCAGUGAGAUAGAUAUGCUACAUGGAGUUAGUUUUGCUUCUGCUGGUUCAGGCUAUGAUGAACUUACGGCCAAUUUCUCUAGUGUGCUAUCUGUACCCAAACAAUUGGAGUAUUGUAACCAUUACAAAAUCCACCUGAGGCAAUUGGUGGGUAAGAAAAGGGCAGAAGAAAUUAUAAGGAAUGCCAUAUUUGUACUGAGCAUGGGCACAAAUGACUUCCUCCAAAACUACUUCCUCGAACCCAUUCGCUCCCAGCAAUACACUGUGGAAGAGUACCAGAAUUUCUUGGUUUCUCGCAUGGUAGAGGACAUUAAGGAAAUGAAAAGGCUGGGGGCAACAAGAUUGGUUGUUGUGGGGAUUCCUCCCUUGGGAUGCAUGCCACUUAUGAAGACAUUAAUGGACCAGAGACGUUGUGUAGAAAGCUACAACAAAGCAGCUUCCUCUUUCAACUCUAAGAUUCAAGAGAAACUGGCCACCAUUAGGGCAACUUUACAGGUCAAAUCUGCCUACUUGGACUGUUUUAAUAUCAUACAGGAUGCAGUAAACCACCCAAACAAAUAUGGUUUUGUUGAAGCUACAAAGGGGUGUUGCGGGACAGGAACAAUAGAAUAUGGCAAUACAUGUAAAGGCUUAAGCGUAUGUGAAGAUCCAUCAAAAUAUGUAUUCUGGGAUGCUGUCCACCCAACACAAAAGAUGUAUCGAAUAAUUGCCCAAGCGGGUCUUAAGUCUCUCAAUGAAAACGUCUUGCUUUGAUUAGUUAUCAAUCAUUGCCCCCAGGCAGGCAGUGUAAGUAGAAAGUAAAAUGUUAAGCAUAUAAUGUUUUGCUUUUUCUUGUUAAAUUUAAGAAUUUUUUAAAAAUUAAUUCAAUGUAAUAUUCUGCA